AGGACCAGUAGAAUCAGCUCAUCAAUAUGUCUGUGCUGUGGCUGCUUCUGGGUCUCCUUGCACUUACUGAUUUAUCUGAAAGCAGCAACUGGGGAUGCUAUGGAAACAUCCGAAACUUCAACACCCCUGGAGCAUCUUGUGGGAUUGGAAAACGUCAAGGCCUGAACUACUGUGGAGUUCGUGCUUCUGAAAGGCUGGCUGAAAUAGACAUGCCAUACAUCCUGAGAUAUCAGCCUGUGAUUCGUACUGUUGGCCAAAAGUACUGCAUGGAUCCUGCAGUGAUCGCUGGUGUCUUGUCCAGGGAGUCUCAUGGUGGCAACAUUAUGGUCAAUGUGGACAAUGUGGGUGAUGGAAUCGGGGUUGUGCAGGACCCUGGCCUUUACGCUCCCACAUCCUGGAUCAGCGAGUCCCAGGUUUCUCAGAUAAUCGAGGUCCUGACACUUAGGAUCAAAGAAAUCCAGACCAGGUUUCCAACCUGGACCCCUGACCAGUACCUGAGAGGUGGACUCUGUGCCUAUGCUGGAGGUCCUGGCUACAUCAGAAGCAGCCAAGACCUGAACUGUGACUUCUGCAAUGAUGUCCUUGCACGAGCCAAAUACUUCAAGAGACACGGCUUCUAAUGCUUCAGAGCAAACAGGAGGCCUCAAGGGUUACACAGAUGAAACUAGCCAAUGGAGCUUGUAACUGUGAAUCUGAAUUUGACUUGAAGGUCAUCAAUAUAACAUGAAUCACAUUAAAGGAAGAGUUGUCUGCA